GUCGUCGACCACUCCUGUUUCUGAAGCGAAGAGACUUGUUCUUCUUCUUCUUCGACAUCGUCUUCUUCUUUGGUGUACGGAGUCCAUACGUUUUAUAAAGAGAGAGAGACAAAGGGAUCAGAAAUCAAAAUUAAAACCGAAAGGAAACGUUUUUGAGUGCGGUGGUGCAUAGACAUCGAUACGUAUACUCCCCUCCCACCGAGAUUUAUUUAUAUACAAUCUUUUUGUCGGAAACAAACAAAGCUCGCGGUCUCUGUGAUCCGCCGCCGUUUUGAUCCAGGUUUGAUUGGUUCAAGCUUGCUUCCAAGUGGAACUUUCCUCGUUGUAGCUGAAGAAGAAGCUUGUUCCUUCCUCCUGAGAAUACUUGAGGGCUGAGCAGUUGCAGUAAUGCAAUAAAGUUGUCUUUUUCUUUUUUCUUUUAAAAAACGAGAUGAAGGCAGUUAAAGGGUGGCGUCUAUGCGGAACAAGUUAUACGCAGUCUUUGCCUGGAGCUCGGCACCGUGCUCCUCCUCCUACAACAACAAGGAAGCCAGUAUGGAUAAUGGCAGUGGUUUCUCUGAUAACAAUGUUUGCAAUCGGUGCUUACGUGUUCCCUCAUCACAGAAGAGCUGCUUGUUAUAUGUUAUCUUCCAAAGGAUGCAAAGGGCUUACUGAUUGGCUUCCACCCUCUCCUAGGGAGUUUUCUGAUGACGAGAUUUCAGCUCGUGUGGUGAUUAGGGAGAUAUUGAGCUCCCCUCGUGUUAUUAAAAAGACUUCUAAGAUUGCGUUUAUGUUCUUAACUCCGGGGACUUUGCCUUUUGAAAAGCUAUGGGACCUCUUUUUCCAGGGUCAUGAGGGGAAAUUCUCUGUGUAUAUCCAUGCAUCAAAGGAUACGCCGGUUCACACCAGUCGUUACUUUCUUAGCCGUGAAAUUCGAAGUGAUGAGGUGGUAUGGGGUAGAAUAUCAAUGAUUGACGCCGAGAGACGUUUGUUGACAAGUGCUCUUAAAGAUCCUGAGAACCAGCAAUUUGUAUUGCUCUCUGAUAGUUGUGUGCCGCUUCGAAGUUUUGAUUACAUGUACAACUAUAUGAUGUACAGCAAUGUUAGCAAUGUUGACUGCUUUGACGAUCCUGGUCCACAUGGAAUCGGCAGGCAUAUGGAUCACAUGUUGCCCGAAAUUCCAAAGGAAGAUUUUAGAAAGGGUUCACAGUGGUUCUCCAUGACACGUCAGCAUGCUGUCAUGACUAUGGCAGACAAUCUAUACUACUCAAAGUUCCGGGACUACUGUGGGCCAGGUGUAGAGAGUAACAAGAACUGCAUUGCUGAUGAACACUACCUGCCAACAUUCUUCUAUAUGCUUGAUCCUGGUGGCAUUGCUAACUGGACUCUUACAUAUGUUGAUUGGUCUGAGGGAAAGUGGCAUCCAAGAACAUUCAUGCCUGAAGUUGUCACACACGAGUUACUUAAAAACCUCACGUCCAUCGACGCAGUUUCACGCGUAACAAGUGAAGGAACGGGAAUAGUAACAUGGACACAAUGCAUGUGGAACGGAAUCAAAAGACCUUGCUAUCUCUUUGGAAGGAAGUUCCACGCAGAUGCUCUCGAUAAACUGAUGGAUCUCUUUCCCAAAUACACGAGUGGUUUUGAUUGAUCGAUGCAAAUUGCAAAGCAAAGGAGGAGGUAUUGUUUUUGACUCGGAUUCUUUGACCAACGUCCCAUUACACAUUCUAAGGAACCAAGUUUUAAACUUUAUGGAAUCCAUCCCCUAGAAGAUGUAACUCGCUGCAAAGUCGUUUUGAGAGCAUAGAAAGAAAAAAAGCGUAAUCUUAAGAAGCAUAGGAAAGUUUCAUUUGGUUGGGGACGUUGGGACAUUUUUAACUAAACUGUUUUCACUACCAUCUCAUUGUUAAUCUUUUCAGAGUGAUUUUUGUUCUUCUCUUCUGUUGAAAUUGCUAUUAAGCAUUAUCAUUUUUUUUCAGACAGAAAUCUGUAGAAUUACGUUCUUAUUUUUGCAUAUUAUAAAACAAAAUAAUUGCUGGAA